AUGCAGCGACGAGAUUGUGUCGUGGGGUUCUCGCUCACAGGCUGGAGAGCGGCGGCAGGCUUGCAGCUCAGGAACGGACGGGCUGCACGAUGGGGCUGCGAGGAGGAUAUUGCGAUCAUCAAGCGAGAAUGUGCAAGUCAGACCACGGCAAAGCAGGGCGAAGGUGUGCCGGACUAUGUCGCGGCGUGGGCCUGCUUGGGUUCAGCGUGCAGCUCGAGGGAUAUUCUUGGCGUGCAGGAGUUUGGAGCUGGAAACCGAAAGGUCCCACUUAUUAGAUGCGUUGGAUUCUGUAGGCAGCACGUGCAGACAGAAACUGCUCCAAGGGCGGACCUGGAAAGGUGUAGCGACCCUUCUCGCGAGUGGGCGGGGUUGUUUUUUACGGAAAAACUUGGUGACAGGGUGCUGGAAAGAGUCGUGAUGCAGCGCAUGAAAGAACGGUUCGCACGAGGGGUUGAGUGGAGCGAUGUGGGAAGCAAGCCGGGCCAGUGUAAGCGUGCGAGGAAACUUGGUUAUUGUGGGCGGCUAGAAACGUGCAUAACGGACGGACCGGCACGAUCCAUAAUAGCUUGGCAGCGAACUCGAUUGCCCGCUCGACAACUUUCAAUCAAAGUGCGAUAUAACAGAAAAUGCCCUCAACUUACAAAGAAAGUUCAAAUUCUAGUUGUUAUGUAUAUUGAAGCUUUCUCACAAACUCUCAACAUUGUGGACCCCUUGCAUGCCCUCGUUGAGUUGAUUUCGUCAUUGCCAAGUCGCGACAGGGAUCCCGAGUCAUGA